AUGUUCUUGAACACAGCUUCUCCCCGGAGGUCAUUCACUAUCCCGAUUAAGAUCAACCUGCAGGGCGCUCGUAGGCGGCAGACACGAGAGCUCCUUGACAUAGCAACAGCACAGGAGUGGAGUAGAGGGCUGGAUGGACGCGGAGAGCAGCGAGCUCGGACCCAGAUGACAGUGUCGAGUGUUGGGGAGGACAGAGCCAUCCUGCUGGGCUUCACCAUGAUGGCCUUCUCUGUGCUCAUGUUCUUUGUGGUCGGCAUAACUAUGGUCAAACCUUACGUUAACAGCAACUGGGAGAAUGAGGCCAGCUGUGUGCUGCUGCAGGCCGUCACCCUGGAGGAGUGGGUGGACUGCAGAGGUGUGAGCACUGUGCCCUGUCUCAGGGUGACGGUUAACCUCACGGACUCCAAUGAGAGGGCUUUUCUCCACUUUGACGAGGAGUCGGUCCUCCUAGCUUCUGAGUGUUUCUACAUACCCAAAUGUCAGAUGGAAAGAACAGAACUUCAGGAUGAAGUCCUGAAAGUAAAAAACAGCUUGGACGCUCAGCUGGGGAGCACCUCAUCGUGCUUCACUGACCGCGCAAGGCACCCCAGGGACGUCAUCUUGGGCAGGAAGUACACCUUUAAGAAGGCCCUGUUUGCAUUGCUGUGGCCCUGUCUGAUGCUGGGUGGUGGAGCUCUGCUGGUGGGCCUUGUGAAGCUGACACAGUGCUUAGCCCAUCUCUGCCCUGAGAUGUGCAGUGAGGCUGCAGUGGGCAGGCUGACAUCAAGGCAGGGCAAACUGUACAGAAUCUUUCGGAGGUCCAGCAUGCAGUCUCCUUCAUGAUGUUUGUAAUGUUUGUGCUGCAACAUGCCAACAAUUGUGAAUUAAUAUGUAACUUGUACACAAUGUGAAAUAGGGCCGGUAUGUAUAUAUCAGAGUAAAAAAAUGUAACUUCAGUGUGUCAAAAAUCCAAGAAAGAUGACAUUUUAGCCUAUUCUCUUGUGCCAUGCAGAUACCUUCCUAAGUUUAGAUAAUUGGUCUCAGCUCCUAAAUUAUUUAAGAGAGCUCCAGAGGUUUCUGAACCCAGUUAGGACAGACCAGCAGAUGGCUGCGAUACAAGCACAGAGGACACACACAACUUUCAACAAUGAAAAAAAUUAUGUGAAAGAUAAA